AAAGAGAGCCAUGCAAUGCCUAAAUCUGAAGCACAGGAGGGUCCAAGGAUAGAAGCAGUUUACACACUACAGGAGUCCUUUGACCAGGAGUGGUGUUCAAGUCUAAAGCAGGUUACAGAGCUGACAUGUGUUAAAGAUGAAGAGGUCCCUCGACUGGAAUGUGUUCCUAUUAAAGAGGAAUUCUUAGAACAGGAAUGUGUCCCCAUCGCAGAGGAAGUUCCUACUGAAAAUAAUGUCUGUACACUUGAGGAGAACAACCAGCUGGGAUCCAGCCUGUGUGAUGAUUGUCCACCUGAAUGUGAACUGGGAUUUAGAGGAAGCACCUCGCCACCCGGAUCCUCGAUUCAGAACACAGAUCCCAAAGAGAGCCAUGCUGUCCCUGAAUCUGAAGCACAGGAGGGGCCAAGGAUAAAAGCAGUUUACACACUACAGGAGUCAUUUAACCAGGAGUGGUGUUCAAGUCUAAAGCAGGUUACAGAGCUGACAUGUGUUAAAGAUGAAGAGGUCCCUCAACUGGAAUGUGUUCCUAUUAAAAAGGAAUUCAUAGAACAGGAAUGUGUCCCCAUCGCAGAGGAAGUUCCUACUGAAAAUAAUGUCUGUACACUUGAGGAGAACAACCAGCUGGGAUCCAGCCUAUGUGAUGAUUGUCCACCUGAAUGUGAACUGGGAUUUAGAGGAAGCACCUCGCCACCCGGAUCCUCGAUUCAGAACACAGAUCGAGGAUGCCGCGAGGCUGUCGGCCGUACAAGAGCUCGAAGGGGGAGAACCCUGUCGAACUCUGCGGCACCUCUCUCACUGCAAAAAGGAGGUACGCACUCCCUCCCGGAUCAGACCCAGGCAAGCAUCCCCGCUGGAAGAACCUCGCCACCCGGAUCCUCGAUUCAGAACACAGCUGCUAAAGGGAAUCAGACAGGAAGGCCUCCAUUUUUCUGUGCUGAUUGUGGGAAGAGAUGCACGUGUUUAGCAAAGCUUAAAAUCCACCAGCGCAUGCACACAGGAGAGAAACCUCAUCCCUGCUCUGAGUGUGGGAAGAGAUUCACAGAGUUAGGAAAUCUUAAAGUCCACCAGCGCAUUCACACAGGAGAGAAACCUUAUCAGUGCACAGAGUGCGGGAGGCGUUUCACAAAGUUAGGAAAUCUUCAAUCACACCUGCGCAUUCACACAGGAGAGAAACCUUAUCAAUGCACAGAGUGUGGGAGGAGUUUCACAAUGUUACAAAAUCUUAAAAGACAUCAGCGCUUUCACACAGGAGAGAAACCUUAUCACUGCACUGAGUGUGGGAGGAGUUCCAGUAAUUUAUCAGACUUUAAAAAACACAUGCGCAUUCACACAGGAGAGAAGCCUUAUCGCUGUGCUGAAUGUGGAAAGAGUUACACAUAUUUAAAUUCCUUGAAAACCCACCAGCAGACUCACAAAAAGAGAAAUCUUCUCAAUGUAGUGAAUGUAUGAGGAGUUUUAGUCACUUCUUAAACCUUAAAAGACACCAUAAAACUCACAUGUGACCUGGAGAAAUGUUCGUUCUGUCAGGUUGUUCACUAUAAUAGGGUUUGGCAAUUUGCUGUAUCAGAAUAAUAAAGAAAUGCCAAAAUUGAAUUGAACAUCUUUAUAUAGUAUAAGUUCUUUCAAGACAACUUGACAUUGAUCAACAUUAAAACUGUAUAUUUAAAAGAAAACAGUAAAGAAAUGAAAAAAGUACACUUCCAUGCUGAAUACAGUAAUUCCGUGACCUUUCUCUUGACAAGCAUAUCCAGCAUAGUUUGCUUCAUAUUGUUCGUGCUUUUCUCAAUGCACGCGGUUUCAGUCUUGUUACCGCCUCACGCCUGUUGCCAUAGUUGCAGUUUGUAUGAAGAUGGCAACGGUUGCAUACGUCACACAUGAUUCGCACUGCAAUAGGUUAUCUAUGAAUCAGCCUUAUCUUCGAAUUAGCCUACCAAGGUGUGGGAGGGUGCGGGUAUUCACUGACACGGGAGACAGAAAUGGUAUUUGAUAACACCACACAGGUGCUCGGUUUUAUUAUUUUUCUUUUGUUCUCUGGUGCACUGAUUUCUUUGAGCCCAUAGAGGGCGCUUGUGGUCCGUGGUCUGGCUACCAGCUAUGGUAUCCAGAACCAACGGAGAAUACCACGGCAGGGUACUCAGGUACAGUCCGGCACUCGCAGGUGCUCACAAAUUAUAAAAAACGAAAAGGCAAACAGAAACAGGGAAAAUAAAACACAGUAAGGAAAACUACAAAAUAAAUGUGCUGCACUUCGCAGCGUGAAUCUCCCCAGUCGCCGCUACCCGUACGACCCGGGACUCCGUCCUACACUCUGCUGUCUCCAACUCACACACGUUACUGGGGCUGCCCAACGAUCCCCCACUUUUCCCUUUCUUUCUUUAAAAGUAUUUUCUUUGAUUUUUUUCUUUUUCUUGUGUUAGCCUCCCGUCCCUCAGUAUUCAAAACGAGACCGCUGUUCUCGCAGUUCCAGUUUAAAGGGGCGGAUCUGAGGAAACAACAGAGUGUUACUUUAUAGGUUAACAAUCCCAUUAAAGUCCGCCUCCCAGCCACUCAGAGAGGGGAAAAGCACACACACCCUCUUUCCCACCUCUCCGUGUCACCGCCAUGACUGGCAGGCAGAACCCAUGGGACUCUUCCUGCAGCAUCGUGCAUGCGUCAGACGGCCAGUCCAGGUCUCUCCCUGUUACACAAGAUCUUUGUUUUCACUGAGAGAAUAACACAUUCACAAUGUCAGAAAUUGCCGAUUGAGUGUAACAUAUAUAUUUGUGUGUGUGUGUGUAUUAAUCAA